AUGAAAUUAAAGAAAGCUGUACAAAAAAUCACACUUGUCCAGAACCCUCCACCCACCCCACGUUUUGUAAGGAUUAAGGAAGAGGAGAAGGCAAAAACACUCCAUGAACUCCUUGACCAUUUGCAAUUUUUCGGAAACGCAACUCGAAACAGAGAGUCGUUCAGAGUGACACUGUUGCCAACUGCACCGCUCUUAGGCGAGAUCGGUUUCUGGUCACUGAUAACAAAAGAUGGAACAGAGCGAAAUGACUUCGGAUUCCGCUCCGCGGAUAUUGGCAAGGCAAUUGGAUUUCACUGCCGCUUAUGGAGAUCCGCCGCACCAGAAACCGCCGCCUCCGUCAUCACCGCCGCAUUCGCUUCUGCCGCCUGCGUUGCAAUUGCAGUUAAAUUUGCGGCCACCGGGGCAACGGCCGUGGUUAUAUUCAGAGCUGCUGGAGCAACAGCCGGCUCGUCGAAUUCCGCAGCCCGUGCAGAAACUUCCGGUGAAGGUGUUGCCAGUGCUGGGAUCUACUGUGAUGGCUGCAACUGUGUAAAUUGUCAUAACAAUGUGGAUAAUGAGGCAGCCAGACAGGAGGCAGUUGGAAUUACAUUGGAACGCAACCCAAAUGCUUUCAGACCAAAAAUUGCUAGCAGUCCACAAGAACCACGAAAUUCCAAGGAAACUGAAAUUCAAGUAAUAGGAAAACACAAUAAAGGAUGUCACUGCAAGAAAUCAGGUUGCCUAAAGAAGUACUGUGAGUGCUUCCAAGCCAAUAUCCUCUGCUCUGAAAAUUGUAAAUGCAUGGACUGCAAGAAUUUUGAAGAAAGUACUGAAAGAAGAGCAAUUUUUCAGAGAGAUUAUAAUCUAGAUCACAUCAAACAGCCAACUAAUGCUGCUAUUACUGAAGUUGUUGGAUCAUCUGGCUAUCGAACCCGUAUAACACCCAGGAAGAGAAAAAUUCAAGAAAUGUUUCCUAGAAAGUCAGCCGCGGAUCAAAUUGUUAACGUGACUGCCCAAUACCUACAGGAAAUUGAUCGUAUGGCUUCAUCACCUCCGUCUCUGUCAGAAUCAUUUGUUUCUGAACAUGCCAACGCAAGAAUUUCUGGGUCUUCAAGAUCUACGUACCGGUCGGUAUUGGCAGAUGUCCUCCAGCCACAAAAUGUGACGAAUCUCUGUUCACUUUUUGUAAUUCUCUCACGAGUAGCUCUAAAUACAAAUGCAGAAACGAGAGGGAACACGAAAACUGGGAACUUAAAAGCUUCCGCUGCUUCAUCAGCUAAAUCGCUACGAGAAACUAAAGAUGUCCGUCAGCCUGUUUGUGAUGAUCACGUGAAUAAAGCUGAGGCAGAUGCAGUUGAUAUCGCCGAUUAUAAUAGGCCAAUGUCGCCAGAAACGCUGGCAUUGAUGUGUGAUGAACAGGACAAUAUGCUUUUUGGAAAUAGGUCUGCAAAUGAAGCUGCGUAUCAAAACACGAUUCAAAAGUCAUUUAAUUUUGAUGCAAGAAGCACUGUUGUUUACGGGGAGCAGGAAAGGAUUAUAAUGACCAAUUUCUUGGAUGUUCUUCGCGAACUCGUUACAUUUGGUAGCAUAAAAGGUUAG